AUGUGCUGCUAGUAUAGCUACAUUUCCUGGAUUGUUUCCUGUUAUUCUCGUUUUCUUCUUUUCCACUGGCUUCCUGCCUUGAAACACAGUUGCUAUGGCUUCAGAGAAAUUUCACCUGCAGAGAUGUUUGCAAAACCGCCGCUUGACUGUCACUACCACUGGUCUGUCAAAGAGUGUAGAGGACAACAGAACAUUCCCAUUUUCUCAGGAGAAAACUGUCAAAGCUUGGAGAUCUCUGGAGGAUCUGGACAGUCUUGGCAUCAAAGAAGAGUGCCCCAAAGCAAAGGACAGACCUGAACGGCAACAUAACAUCACUGUCAAUGUUGGGGGGAAAGUGUUUCAUAUCCCCAAACAGUGUGCCGUUAAAUAUCCUCAAACUCGGAUAGGCUCAUUGGCCCUCUGCAGGGACCGAGCAAAACUCCUCAUGCUGUGCGACGACUACUGUGUGCGCAAGAACGAGUUCUUCUUUGACCGUGACCCUGCCUACUUCCACCACAUUUGCCAUUUCUACACAAGUGGAGUGCUGUGGGUCAUACAGGAAAUGUGCCCCAUCAACUUCGAGGAGGAGAUUGCAUACUGGGGCCUGAGCCUGAAGGACACCCAGUUCUGCUGCUGGACGGUGUUCGAGGAGAAGGUUGAUGAAGUAAAGGACAACCUGAAGGUGGAUAGGGAGCUGAUGGCUGAGAACGAAGUGAAGUACGACGUCAAGUGUUUUAGGGACAUGAUGUUCGGGAAUAUGCGGAAGAUUAUGUGGAACAUGGUGGAAGAUCCGUACUCUUCAGCUCUAGCAAAGGCUUUUACUUUGGUCUCCAACCUUUUUGUGCUCUUCUCCAUCGUCGCAAUGACUCUCAACACUGUGGAGGAACUUCAAACAUAUAGAAUCAACAACAGAACACACAUGGAAUGGGUGGAGAUCAUCACCAUUGUGUUCUUCACCUUUGAAUAUUUAAUUCGCCUUCUCACCACUCCAAACAUCACAAUGUUUUUGAAGAGUGGACUCAACUUCGUGGACAUGGUGGCAGUCAUGCCUUAUUUUGUCCAGAUCAUCUUCGAAGCCUUUUCUGACAGUGAGAACGUGAAUGCUCAGGAAGACCUCAGGGCCAUGGCUCGGGUCAGCAAGCUCAGCCACGUCCUCAAAGUCGUCAAGCUGCUGCGGAUAUUUCGGAUUUUGAAGCUGGCUCGACACUCCACCGGCAUGAGAGCCUUUGGGUUCACUCUGAAGCAGUGUUACCAGCAGGCCAGUUGCAUUUUCCUCUUCAUUGCGAUGGGAAUCCUCACUUUCUCUGCUCUCCUUCAUUCAGCGGAAAGGGAAACUGAGGGAUCUCCUAUCCACAGUAUCCCACAUGCCUGGUGGUGGGCUGCAGUCAGCAUCUCCACUGUUGGCUACGGUGAUGUGGUUCCUGUGACUAUACUGGGCCGCGUUGUGGCCUUUGGCUGCAUCUCAUUUGGCAUCAUCCUCAACGGCAUGCCGAUCUCGCUCCUCUUCAACAAGUUCUCUGAUUACUAUGCCAAGCUAAAAGCCCAAGAGUACAACACCAUCUCAGUGCAGCGGCGCUUUCAUCUACGGAGGCGCAUCCGACGCAAAAUGGACAUAUGUUUUCAUCCCUGUGAGGAAGACAAUAGUCCAGAAAGCAACUGUAAGUGUCCACACUGAGUGAAUCUUAAAAUGACGUGAUCAUUUUAAUAAAGGUGUCUUAUUUUAUUUGUUUAUGUAUUUGUUUAUUUCAGGUUUAUUUGGACAAUUUACAUUAAUAAUACAUACAUACAUGUAUAAUGUGCCAGAAUUAGCCAAAAGGCUAUUUUACAUCUGCUGUCCCUGGACAGGUGGUAAUUUGUCACACCUAAAAAGAUAAAAGGAUCAAAAUAGUACAUACAGAUUAAGCCCAAUACAAAAAAAAUCCUCAGUGUGAGUGUGUUGCUUGGUAAACUUAAAAGUGAGUCAUCGUGUAUGACAAUGUGUUGGGUACAGGGAAAUAAGCUGAUAAUAAAAUUAAGUUAAAAAGAGGAUAUGGUUGAGAAAGAAGGCAGUUGGAUUAAAGGGAGGGAAGUGACAGUGACAGGCACUAAUGUCUUUUUCUAUUUAAAUAACUUGUUAUGGUACAGUUGACAUAAGGUUGUGUGUUAGGAUUAGAGACCCAAGUUUGUAACACGAAACUCAAGUAAGUUGGAUCCACCACACAGACUCAACUUAAACUGAAAACUUGUGAAUUGUAAACGACGAGUGCCUGUAACUGAAUAGAAUUGUUAGAAACGAAAUAAAUGUUUCAAAACAUGACU